AUGACUGACCCUGGCUCAUCACAUUCUGUGGCGAUGGGGAAGCUGAGCAGUAAUGGUCCACUAGUUGAGUCGGCCAACCCAAGUCUACCAGUGCAGUCCAGUCAGUCAGCCAGCCAAGUCACCCAGUCCAGUCAGUCAGUCAGCCAAGUCAACCAGUCCAGUCUGUCAGUCAGCCAAGUAAACCAGUCCAGUCAACCAGUACAUGUAGUCCCCCAUCCCAGUCAUCUAGUCCAGUUCCCCAACCCGGCAAAUAGUCCAGUCAGCCACCCCAGUCAUCCAGUCAAGUCCACCAGACCAGUCAUCCUGUCCAGUCAGCCACCCCAGUCAACUAGUCCAUCAACCAGACCAGUCAUCCAGUCCAGUCAGCCCCCCCCGUCAACCAGUCCAGUUAGCCACCCCAGUCAACCAGCCCAGUCAUCCAGUCCAGUUAGCCACCCCAGUCAACUAGUCCAGUCAACCAGUCCAGUUAGCCAUCCUAGUCAACUAGUCCAGUCCGUCACCCCAGUCAUCCAGUCCAGUCAGCCACCCCAGUCAACCAGUCCAGCUAGCCACCCCAGUCAACCAGCCCAGUCAACCAGUCCAGUCAACCAGACCAGUCAACUAGUCCAGCUGGCCACCCCAGUCAACCAGUUCAGUCGACCAGUCCAGCUAGCCAACCCCGUCAUCCAGAUCAGUCAACCAGUCCAGCUAGCCACCCCAGUCAACCAGUCCAGUCAACCAGUCCAGUUAACCACCCCAGUCAACUAG